AUGUGGAUUGAGAAGUUUGCGCGUUCAGAAGUGCCACAAAUGGCAGCACCACUACAGCCUGAAGAUUUUUUCUGGAGACCGGCACUCCCGAGAUUGGCAGAGAUGGAUGGCGGCGGACAAAACAUUUCGGUUGUUCCAAACCUCCGAAUAUAA